AGCCAUAUAUACAGCCAGAUAGACACUGACGCAAGCCUUUCUUUCAUAUACACGUAGAAGGUACCCUGAUCUAACAAGACGCAUUGGUGUAUCUCGUACCACUGCGUGGUAUCGUCACUGCGAACGACCCUGACACAGACAAAGCUAAAGGCUAGCAGUAGCUUACCCUGCCAGAGGAGAAAUACAUUGUUGGAUCUUAUUACAAACCGUCAUUCUCAGUUUUCUUUACAUGUAUGUAUUCAGUUUAGACCUUCCCUCGUAUUCACUUUCCUUCAGCCUCACUCACUGGCAUCUUGAAGACUCGACUUCCCACCACCGGAGCAUCUGAUCACAUCAAGAGCAUACAACUCAGUCAAUCCACAUCUGUCCUACAGCAAGGUAAAUCAUGUGGCAACUAGUCAGAUUGGAAGGCGGUCCAUCCCAAUGGAACGAUGUCAAAGACGCAGCCGACAUCCUAUGGCGCUCAACUCUCAACUCAGAUAUCAACGACAUAACCAGCGCAUUGCGCGGCCAUUACCAAAACCCAGCCCUUAGUAUUUCUGAACUCUACACCGGCUUCAACGCUAGUCGUAGAGCCGUUGUAGUCUGCAACAAUGACAAAAUUACCAUUGCAUUUCUCGGCUCGGACCCCAAGGAGCUCUAUAUGAACAUGUGGACCGAUGGCAGAGGAUGGUGUGGAUUCCCGUAUCCCGUGUUCGAAAAUGGGAAUCGCAUCCAUAGCUUUUUUCGCGACAUGUGGCAUGCGAUGAGACAGGCGGCGUUUGAUGCACUCGACAGGGCAGUGGGAGAUAUGUCUGCGCGCGGUGUGGCGCCCAAGCAGAUCAUUGUCGCGGGGUUUUCAAUGGGGGGCGGGAUUAGCAUCCUGGCGUUUACGGAUAUCCUCGAGAGGAUCAGGCAUACGUGGGGUGACCAAUCUGGCUCACCGCAGUCAUGGGCUCGGGACGAAGUGCUCAGGGAGCUGGUUCAGCAUAUCACUUUUGCGGCUGUUGCGGCGGGGGAUCAGGGAUACUAUACCGUUUUAAAUGACUUGUACCAAAAACAUAAGAUUUGUGCGUGGGAUUUCAUGAAUCACUGCGAUUGGACCAUUCAUUCCCAUCAUGGGGCAUUUCGGUCUUGGAGGGGGUAUCGGUACGUUUUGCCUGAUGCGACGGUGAAGCAGUUUGGCUAUGCGUUUGGUAUGAAUGGACAUGGAAUUUUGGGGUAUUUGAAGGUGGCUGAGUGGAUGGCUGGCGAUGGAGGUGGUCAGGUGGAUUCGGUGUAUGAUUAUUGAUGACUUGGUUGUAUUGCGACUUUGUUCGGAGCUGCCU